UCUAAGUUCCCAGAGAUCGACAUGUUCGAGGACGUUUACGUUCGACCUGGAGAUAAGACCGCUGGGCAGCUUCAUGCUCUUAUGGUGGAAAAGAGCACUACUGUUCUCCAAGAAGCAACAUCGCAGCUUCCCCCAGAGACCCCAAUUGAGGACGUCACGGUACCUGAGGAUGCAGGUUUUCAGAUCCUAAUUGAUGUCCUGGAUCAGAACUUCGGUCGUCGUCACGGCAAGGUUGUUCGGUGCAUGGGGAAAGCACGACUUCGUGAGACUGGUGCUUCUUCUUCCAGAUCGAACACCACAGAGGUCGAUUCAUUGAAGGAGGAAGUGAUAACCCUAAAGGGUCAGCUUGAGGUCCAGGGCGAGCAGAUGAGGGCCCAGGGCGAGCAGAUGAAGGAGCAGAUAAGGGCCCAGGGCGAGCAGCUGCAUACUUAUGCCGGACAGGUGAGAGAUCUUAUACGAGCCAUACAGAUGACCAGCCUCCAAAUCUCGCUACCAAUACCUGAUCUUGCUACACCUUCAACCUCCGAGCCACUUCACCCUGCCGAUACCCAGUAGCCACUUCACCUAGAAGAUUACUUGUAGU